AUGAGCAGCACUCUCCGGCUCCGUUACGCGCCCUCCGUCGCUGCCCGCUAUGCUCGCUCUACACCAAACCGCCUCUUCUCAACAAGUCUGCGCGCAAUGUCUGAAUUCCGUACCGAGUCCGAUACCUUCGGCGAGCUUCAGGUGCCUGCUGAGCGUUACUGGGGCGCACAGACACAACGCUCUCUGCAGAACUUCGACAUUGGUGGACCCACAGAGCGCCUUCCCCCGCCUUUGAUCAAAGCAUUCGGCACCCUCAAGAAGGCCGCCUCGAUCGUGAACUCGACCUACGGCCUUGACCCCAAGGUUGCAAAGGCGAUCCAGGAGGCCGCAGAUGAUGUCAUUUCGGGGAAGCUCAUCGAAGAGUUCCCGCUCGUUGUUUUCCAGACUGGUUCCGGAACUCAGAGCAACAUGAACGUCAACGAGGUCAUCUCCAACCGUGCCAUUGAGAUUCUCGGAGGUCAACGCGGCUCCAAGAAGCCCGUCCACCCCAACGACCAUGUUAACAUGAGCCAGAGCUCUAACGACACUUUCCCCACUGCGAUGCACGUUGCUGCUGUGACGGAGAUUGUGAACACGUUGAUCCCCGCGUUGGAGGAGCUUCACGCCGCUCUUGACGAGAAGGCGAAGAAGUUCGAUAAGAUCAUCAAGAUUGGCCGCACGCACUUGCAGGACGCGACUCCGCUCACUCUCGGCCAGGAGUUCAGCGGCUAUGUGACCCAAGUCGCCAACGGCAUCGCCCGUGUCAAGGAUGUCCUUCCCCGCUUGAGCCUCCUUGCGCAGGGCGGUACUGCUGUCGGGACGGGUCUGAACACGAAACGCGGAUUCGACGUGAAGGUCGCUGAGGAGAUCUCGAAGCUCACUGGCAUUGAGUUCAAGACAGCGCCCAACAAGUUCGAGGCACUCGCCGCCCAUGACGCCCUUGUCGAGGCACAUGGUGCUCUCAACGUCGUCGCCGUCUCCUUCAUGAAGAUCGCCAACGACAUACGCUUCCUCGGCUCCGGUCCGCGCUGUGGUCUCGGCGAGCUGAGCCUGCCGGAGAACGAGCCGGGAAGCAGUAUCAUGCCCGGCAAGGUCAACCCGACACAGUGUGAGGCGCUCACGAUGGUCGCCGCCCAGGUCAUGGGCAACAAUACCACCGUCAGCGUUGCGGGCUCGAACGGUCACUUCGAGUUGAACGUGUUCAAACCCGUCAUCAUCAAGAAUGUGCUCCAGAGCAUUCGUUUGCUUUCGGACGGUGCUCGCUCGUUCACGAAGAACUGUGUUGUUGGCAUUGAAGCGAACGAGGCACGCAUCAACACCAUCUUGAACGAGUCGCUCAUGCUUGCCACCAUUCUCAACAGCCAUCUUGGCUACGAUAAUGUCGCCAAGUGCGCGAAGAAGGCGCACAAGGAGGGUACCACGCUCAAGGAGGCCACGGUGGCGCUUGGCUUCCUCACGCCGGAGGAGUUCGACCAGAAGGUCCGCCCCGAGCUCAUGCUCUACCCUGACGAGCCUUAG